CUUGAUUUGCAUUGAUUGCCUAACAGCAGGUCCACAGCAGUAUCUCCCCCAUUGAUGAGUGUUUCAGAGUCCCUUGAAAUCCAUCACUUUCUCGCUCCUCGCCGAAAUUGAGCCAGUCGGCCCGCCAUCUCCUUUCCACAUCUCUUAACCUUAUCUUCCUUAUCUUUGUUUUCCUUUCUCGAUCUUGAUUUUUCUAAUCAUUAUCUGGAAUCCAUUUUGAGCUCUUGCUUUCCUGCCCCUUAUACAGGUGAAUGUAGCAGGUCGAGGGUUCUGGAAAAGCAGCAACCACAAUCCCGCCGUAUCUCCAGCUAGUCUCAAACAGAAUUUUAGAAGGAACCAGUCUUGUUCAGACCAUGAGAUCUGAGGCUUCUACAUGCAAGUUGAGAAUUUGAUAUGAUGUUAAAGGCGGAACAAUGACACCACAAAAUGAGAGAAGCUCUCUCAAGCGCGGAAGGGUACACAAGGAGCAUGAUUCGAAGGACCUCAAAAAAGCGCGACGGUCUGAAGCAUUACCACCACAGCCAAUUGAUCAGUUAUACCUACCUACGCCUAUAGUCCAGCAGGAGUUGAGCACUAGAAGCGACGAUAGAGAGCUAGCUGGAACCGCGAAUGACACAAAACGCGUCCAACAGUGUAGUACGCCCUUGAGUACUGGGUUUCCUCAGCCAAGUCCAUCCCCGCCUCACGAUACACAGGCCCUCUCUCAAUUUGUUUAUCCACCUAGAGCACUUGCCGAUGAAGUUGAAGACGAAGCUGCGGAAGGGGUUUGGGGUUAUCUCCUUCCCCUCGAUGAUAAGGCUCCAUCCUCUCUGGUUUUGCGCAAAAGGAGUGGAUGUGGGAGCCAUGAGCUUGGAUCUAACGGAGUCAUGCAAGGAGAAAAGGGACAUCGCAAGGAGCCUGAGUCAAAGAAUAAGCGAGCGAGUUUACAGGCACCGGGAGGCUAUCUUAUAGGUCGCCAUCGUGAGUGUGAUCUUGUCCUAAACAUUCCCACUGUGUCCAAUCGUCACUUUCUGUUGUUCCCUGAGAACAAGAAAGGUGAUUCAAUUGCUAUCCUAGAGGAUUUGUCUAGCAACGGGACUUUUGUCAACGAUGCAAUUGUUGGACGUAACCAACAUCGAGAAUUAGAAGAUGGUGACGAGAUCACAAUUCUCGACCAAGCACGCUUUGUCUUCAGAUAUCCUCGGACAAGGGAUACAAAUCGCUUUCGUCAACAGUAUAGAACUCUUCAACAACUUGGAAAAGGACAUUUCGCUAGCGUAUACCUUUGUGUGGAACGAGCUACGGGAAUAAAUUAUGCGGUCAAACUGUUCGAGAAGCGUUCAAGUGACUCUCAAAAAUCACAGGCUGACGCCUUACAACAAGAGAUUGGGCUUCUGAUGGGAGUCAGUCAUCCGAAUCUUCUAUGUCUCAAAGAUACAUUCGAUGAGAGUGAUGGGGUAUAUCUUGUACUCGAACUUGCCUCGGAAGGAGAGCUUUUCAACCUGAUCGUCAGCAAACAAAGGUUCUCGGAAACGGAGACUCGCCAUAUUUUCAUCCAGAUAUUUGAAGGUCUAAAGUACUUGCAUGAUCGUGGUAUCGUUCACCGAGACAUCAAACCAGAGAAUAUUCUCGUUGCAGAUCAAAGAUUGACAGUAAAGCUUGGAGAUUUUGGACUGGCCAAGAUAAUUGGUGAAGAUUCAUUCACAACUACUCUUUCUUGUCUUACAGAUGCGGGACGCCAAGCUGUAAGAUACCCAGAUACCCAGUUCCUCAUCUCUCACUUCGACAUUCAAGCUCACUCUCUAGAUGUCGCGCCCGAGAUACUGCAGGAGUCUCGUCGGCGGAAGUACACUAAAGCAGUUGACAUUUGGUCACUUGGGGUAGUUCUCUACAUAUGCCUCUGCGGCUUUCCGCCAUUUUCCGACGAACUCUACACCCCGGAAAACCCUUACACCCUUGCACAACAAAUCAAAAUGGGUCGUUUCGACUACCCAUCACCAUAUUGGGAUUCUGUCGGGGAUCCGGCCUUGGAUCUGAUUGAUAAGAUGCUCACGGUCGAUGUUGACAAGCGCAUAACUGUCGACGAAUGCUUAGAACAUCCAUGGCUUACACAAACUUACCCUAGUUUAUCCGACAGUACGGAUGGGCUUACCGGCGCCUUGGAUAAAUUGGACUUUUCCAAGCGUAAACUCGCGCGCGAAAGAACGCUCCUCAGUCGUAUCAAUGAUGUCAGUUUCAACGAGUGCAAGGAGCGCAACGGUGCUACCGUGCGGGUUUUCCACAAUAGCCAUACUGGGAAACGUAUUCACAAUCACACUGCCAAGGUUAUCAAGGGUGGAGAGGCCUGCGACAACAACAGCGCGCCUAAAGACUUCAUCAAUCUUGGGGAGCAGGGAGAUCCACUACUAUUUACGGAUGAAACAGGGCCCAGUCAUGAAUAA